AUGGAACUCGAAGCGUCAUACAACACCUCGGAGGAUGAGAAGCUGUUUUGGGACGGAUUCGAAGCAAUUUUCCAUAUGCCAUGCGAUUCGCACGCUGAGAUUGAUAAUGUGCUCCGGGCUUAUUUGCAGUUGACAACUCAGCACAAAGAUACUCUAUUUUACUCCAAAGAUAAAAUCUCCCAGUGCUCAGAGAGGCUCAUUGCCUCGGAGCUCUUCAUUGCCAAUGCGGACUAUAUCCGAAGGCAGAUAAUAUAUUGUGUACUUCAGGAUGAUGCGCCUGACGUACUUUUCGUGACCGCCUCUUUUCUUCUCUUUGACGGUCGGCAGAAUGAGCAUACGUUCGAAAUGAUGAAUAUGGAGGGCGCGUUUGUGCGUUUGCUAGAGCUCAUACAGUCUUCGGAGUUGCUCGACGGUGACGGUGGAGCUGGACUACACCAGCUGUUAAUGAACUUGAUUUAUGAAAUGUGCAGGAUUCAGAGGAUUAAAUUCGAGGAUCUAGUACUUGUGGAUGACGAUUUUAUAAAGCACUUAUAUGAAAUUAUCGAAAAGCUCUCGGACGAUGCCCACGAUCCCUACCACUAUUCCGUGAUUAGAGUGCUAUUGGUUCUCAAUGAGCAGUUUAUGGUCUCAGCGCAUGACCCUUUACCUGAACGAUCAUCGUCUGUCCCGCUCACUAAUAAAGUUAUCAAAAUCCUCUCUACGUGCGGUUCCGCCUAUAAAACUUUUGGAGAAAAUAUUAUUCUCCUUCUUAAUCGCGAAAGCGAAACAUCCCUUCAGUUACUGACACUGAAGCUCCUUUACCUUCUUUUUACCACCCCACCCACUUAUGAAUAUUUCUACACGAAUGACCUUCGAGUCCUAGUUGAUAUCUUAAUUCGUAACCUUUUAGACCUUCCGGAGGAAGCUGCUGCACUUCGUCAUACAUACCUUCGCGUUCUCUAUCCGUUGUUGGCUCACACCCAACUCAGAUAUCCGCCACAUUAUAAGCGAGAGGAGCUGAAAAAGCUUUUAGGGAUUCUAGUCAGGGGCCAGUUCUCUACUGAUACGGAGGAAACUGAGAGGAUCCUCCAUUUUGAUGACGUUGACGAGACGACAAAGCGAUUGGUGUUCCGAUGUGGGCAGGUGGAAUGGCUUAACGAUCCCGACGAAUCAAGACAACGUCAACCGCAAGAUGCUACUGACCCUAGCAUGUGGGGAAGCGUGGAUGAAAGAAGCACGCCUAAUACAUCUCCGUCCGCUUCUCCAGAGCCAAACUCUCCUCACGUACUUAUCAAGCGUCGUUCCUCCCAAAUAAUAUCCAAUGUUCAUCAUAAGCGACCGGAAAACGUAGGCAUGAACUUAGAGACAGCUCGUUCCUCGUCAGCCAGCGUUGUAGAGGUCGCUGCCUAUAAAGAAAAACCAGGUGUCAAAGUUCCCAGCCGAAAGGACGCCUUACAACGUCCGCCUGCGCCUCCACCCCCGAAACAUAAACCAGAACCCCCUAAAACUAGACGCUGGCGCGGACGUUGUGGACAGCGGGAAGAAGAUGAGUCCACCGGACGAAGUGUUGGGAGUGGAGAUUUCUGCAGUUCAGGACAGAUUCCCAUGGAUGAGAAGAGACCAGCACCCGACCGCAAGGCAUCCGGAUCUGCGCCACCCGCAACCACACCUACAGAUUCUACAUGUACAUUUACGGAUCUAUCGCCAACACAAAGUGCCACACCUGAGCGCACCGUUCCAACAAUAACCGUCCCCAAGCCGCCGGUGCGGCAUCAUUCUUCCAGCUCUAUUCCCCCCGCCGUUCCGCCACCCCGCAGAUCCUCCCAUUCUGUCCCUCCACUUUGCCAGGUAGAUAACCUUUCCAUUCAUCAUCGCCGCCGCCAGCCCCCUCCACCACCUCUCCACCAUCCACACGGCCACUCACGGAGUCACCACUCGCAGUCGCCAUCUCCGAAGCAACCCAGGUCCUCCCCGGCAAGCAUCCCAGGAGCGACCUCGAACGAUCAGACCGCUCCGCAAAAGCCUGAACCACCAAAGACACGUCGAUGGCGAGGCAAAAAGACGCAGCAAACAAUUGAUGGUAAAACGUCUGAAGAAUCCCCAGCUAGUGGAAUUGCAAUCGCUUCUAAUAUUAAUAAUAUUAAUAACGGUCAUAAUAAAAGUAGCAGCAUUUGCUGCGAACAUCAGGGUGCUGUGGUGGUCUCCUUGCUUGGAGCCACGACUGCCAGUAAUCAAAAUAAUAUGGAUACGGAGCGUACUCACGGGUUAGAGGAUGGGAUGGCUAAGAUGAAAUUGAGUGAGGGUGGAUAA